AUGGGCUAUCACACAGUCAACUUCGUUCCAACCCUUCGUCAUGCCACCUACCCGGCCAUUGACGAGACGAACCCUGAACUGUCAGCAGAUGGCAAAGUAGUCUUCAUUACAGGCGGUGGUUCGGGUAUCGGGCGCCAAAUAGCCAAAUCCUUCCUGACUGCUGGGGCCAAAGGCAUAUUCCUUGCUGGACGAACUGAAUCGACAUUACACGAGACAGUCAGCGAGUUGAAGAGUUUGUCAGCGUCUACCGACAACAAAACGACCUUUCACUACGCCACGGCUGAUGUUACAGAUGCAGAUACCGUUGAGGCCGCUUUCAAACAGGCCACUCAAGUAUUUGGUCACGUCGACAUAUUGAUCCAGAAUUCUGGCUAUCUCGAUGAUCAUCGUUCUGUAUCAGACUCCGACCUCGAUGACUACUGGAAGACUUUUGAAGUUAAUGUCAAGGGAGGUCUCAUUGUCGUCAAGGAAUUCCUGAAGCAGAGCAGAGCUGGCGACACUAUUAUCAACAUGAGCUCUGGAGCUGGACAUCUCCCCUACCUCCCAGGAUACUCAGCCUAUUCGGGAUCCAAGCUUGCUUUUGCCAAGAUUAUGGAAUAUGUCCAACAUGAACAUCCUGAUCUGCGAGUCUUCAGUAUUCAGCCUGGAGCUGUUGAGACUGCGAUGCAAGCCAAAAGUGGCAUUCCUGCUGUUGAUGAUAUUAGCCUUCCAGCAUCGUACUGCGUGUGGUUAGCUGGUUCUAGGGAUGCAGAUAACCUGAAGGGCAGAUUUCUAUGGACAAAUUGGGAUGUCGAUGAACUUAAGGACCGUAUUGAUGAGAUUAAAGAGAAGAAUCUUUUGAUUCAUGGGCUGAAUGGCUGGUAA